UUGGACUUUGAACUACAUUUCACGACACCAAAAGCAACAGUGGAUUGAAUAAUGGACAAGAUAAUGACGAUGGGAAUGACAAUCGUAUCACGUGGUCAAAUUUUACGCAGCUAUGACAGAGCUUGCUCAAUCUUUCCUGUUUAACAAGUGGCAGUAGGUGGAAUCGAACUGAUUUUCUGAUUUAAAAACAAUGGAGCCCAAUGGACCGACAGUGUCAAAUGUGUCAGUAAAUGAUAGUGUUGAUGGAAUCACAGAUUAUGAUGACAGACUCAGCAAACCGAGAAACAAUUUUCAUUCAUAUUCCAAUAAUGAUGUCAGCGUUAGGUUUCGGAGCGCAACUACUAGCCAUAAUGUCACAGUUCGAAAUAUCAUGGAAAGCUCCAGUCACAGACCCUCUAGCAGAAUUACAUCGGUAGCGAUACCACCUGGAGCCACAAAUUAUCUUUCAACUAAUUAUGAGAGCCUUGACUAUGAUACAUGUGAAAAUCAUUUGUUAUUGGACGAAGAAAGAAAAAAGGGAUACAAGUUUGUGGUCAAGAAAAAUGUUGCAAGAUGGUUUAUAUUCCUGUUAAUAGGAAUCAUAACUGCUCUCAUAGCAUGCUUUGUUGACAUUUCUAUAGAAGAGCUAUCCAAAUUGAAAUAUGGAGGACUGAAAAAAUAUGUCGACCAAUGUGUUUUAGAAAACUGUUUGUGGUUACCUUAUAUACUUUGGCUGGUUAUGAAUAUAGUACCAGUGUUCAUAGGUUCCUUCCUGGUUGCAUUUAUUGAACCUGUAGCAGCUGGUAGCGGGAUUCCACAGGUGAAGUGCUAUUUGAAUGGAGUGAAAGUACCGAAUGUUGUGCGGAUAAAAACAUUGACUGUGAAAAUCAUUGGAGUCAUUUGUACUGUCGUCGGAGGCCUAGCUGGUGGAAAGGAAGGACCAAUGAUACAUUCUGGGGCUGUCGUAGCAGCAGGAAUUUCUCAGGGAAAAAGCACAACCUUCAAUAAAGAUUUCAGGAUAUUUAGGUACUUCAGAGAGGACCACGAAAAGAGAGAUUUUGUAUCUGGAGGGGCAGCCUCAGGUGUCUCCGCAGCAUUUGGAGCACCAAUCGGUGGUGUACUAUUUAGUAUAGAAGAGGGAACAAGCUUUUUUAAGCAAAGUUUAACUUGGAGGACAUUUUUUGCCAGCAUGAUCACAACAUUCACGCUGAACAUAGUUCUCAGCGCAUACCAUGGGCAUCCAGGUGAUCUAUCCUACCCAGGGUUGUUGAAUCUGGGAAAAUUUGAAGCAAUGCCUUACCAAAUUUAUGAGAUUCCAUUAUUCAUGGUUAUCGGUACAUUUGGAGGUAUACUUGGCGCAUUGUGGAAUCACAUAAAUUAUAAAAUUUCUUGCUUUCGUAUCAGAUUUGUGAAAAAUAAGUGGGUGAAAGUGUGUGAAGCAGUGUUUGUAGGCAUUCUAAGUGCAACUAUCGGAUUCCUUAUGAUAUAUUUUGUUAACGAUUGCAAGCCACAAGAUCAAUUAUCCACCAAGUAUCCUAUUCAAAUGUACUGCAAAGAAGGGGAAUAUAAUGCUGUUGCGGCUAUCUGGUUUCAAACUCCUGAGAGCAGUGUUCGGUCCUUAUUCCAUGAUCCUAGCGGUUCCCAUACAGAUGAAACAUUGAUCGUCUUUGUUAUCUUGUAUUUCCUUUUGGCUGCUGGCACCUUUGGCCUGUCCAUGUCGAGUGGUCUUUUUAUCCCUUCACUUUUAAUUGGUGCUGCCUGGGGUAGACUGGUUGGAUCUGGUCUUUCAAAACUAUGGCCUGAAUGCGCACUUUUGGACCCAGGAAAGUAUGCACUGUUAGGGGCUGCGGCACAACUAGGUGGUGUAGUGAGAAUGACGAUCAGUCUAACUGUUAUACUGAUAGAAGCUACCGGCGGUAUAUCAUUUGGUCUCCCUCUUAUAAUCGUACUUCUAAUGGCUAAAUGGGUUGGGGACUUCUUCAAUGAGGGUAUCUAUGACAUUCACAUACAAAUGAAUGGAGUACCUAUUUUGCCCUGGGAGCCUCCCCCAUUAUCAAAUAACAUCUAUGCGAGUGAGAUAAUGAGUCAUCCAGUUGUGACGCUACGAACUGUGGAGAACGUCGGCCACAUAGUUGAACUCCUGAAGUGUGUUUCAUUCAACGGUUUUCCUGUAGUUGAUCCACCGACUAGCGAUCAGGAAGAGAUCGAUUGUUAUGGACGCUUCAGAGGUUUGAUUCUGCGAUCUCAGUUAAUAGUCUUAUUACAGAAAAAAGUGUUCAAUGAGUAUUGUGAAUACUGGGAUGAAAUCUUGAAUAUUCGAAUGUUUAGAGAUGAAUAUCCCCGAUAUCCUACCAUUGAGCAUGUGAACAUUACGCAGGAAGAAAAAACAUACAAAAUGGAUCUUAGGCCAUUUAUGAAUCCGUCGCCGUAUACCCUCCAGCAUUCUGCCACAUUGCCAAGAGUAUUUAGCCUAUUCAGAGCCUUAGGUCUUCGCCAUCUUCCAAUAGUGAAUGAUACAAAUGAGGUAAUUGGAAUGGUGACUCGCAAAGACAUAGCGCGAUACCGGAUUUGGAGACACCAAGGAAAAAUGGGAUUAGAUGAACUUUUAAUAUCCGAUAAAAUCUAAAUAAAGUACUCACUUUGGCGUUAACACACCUUAUGUACCGAGCAUUGAAGUAUUGGAACCUCACCAAUGGUGUGCGAAUGAUUAGAAAUAUUAUUCUCAAGUUAUAUGCAAGUAAUUACAAAGUACAACGAUUCAUGUCAUGUUAUGACACAAUGAUUUUGAACCACAAUGAGGUUUUUCAUCAAGAUGAAAACUUUGGUGAUCGAACUUUUCAGCGGGAACACAAUUUUGGAGUAUUAGAAUCUUGUAGAUUAAGAACAACCAUGUAAUAUACCCUCAAUAUAUUUUCAUUAUUUAUUA